AAAGGCAUUAUCAUAACUGCGGAAAUCUGUCUUGAAAAUUAACUUGAGUUAGUUGACUUUACUAAUCUCAACUAGUCAACGUUUUUGGUUUAAAGUGUAAUUGGUUUGCUUAUUAAAUCUGAUUAAAUCUCAGUCAUGCAGGGACUUACAAUUAAACAUUCAUAAGUGACUAGAAUUUGGGAGCAUGGUCUUUUCCACAUAAAGCUAUAUGAACAGUAUCAGUCAUACAAACAGUUUUUACACGUUUAACACCCGUUUAACAGUUGGUCUUCUUCUGCAUGCAUCAAUAGUGACAUCAUGAGUUAUCUUGCACUUGAUGAUCAAUAUGGCUCCUGAAAUUUCAAGUAUCCCAGAGAUCCUGCAGGGGUGCAGGGGUGCAGGAUCUCUGGGCGAAUUUAAAGCACAGAAUUCUGCUAUUUAUUGAUGUUGCACUCACAUUCAGCUUGUAUGCUUCAGUACUAACUCACACAGUAUAACUGACCAUUGAUAAAAUAGGUGAAUGCAGCUGACUUUGGCUGGUGUCAAAGGAUACACUAGCCCUGCUCUUUUAACAGACCUGAAAUAUUCUUACAAAAUGUGGUAGUCCAUCACUACAUGAUGUGAAGCUACCAGUGAAGACUAGAAUCUGCUCUAAUGUCACUUCAUCACGAGGUAUAGUAUAAUAUCAACACGAAUCUGUGUCUAUGAAGACAUUCUGGGCAUCAGUGGUUGAACUGUUUAUGUUGCAGGACUGCUGGAGACUGGAAAUAGCAGUGGACUUUAAUUAACUUAAUAGACCACAACUGCUUUUGUCAAGGCCAUUUUCUCCAGAUAUAGAAAUAACUUCUUUACUAGCUGCAAAAAUGUGACUACCCUUGCUGAGGAUAAAUCACAGUACUGUUAAUGCUACCAUUAAUCUGCUUACAUUCACAAUGACACAGCCAAGUCCUGCCCAAGUCCGUGCAGUCUGCGUCUGCAGACACAGUUCCUGUAAGAAGUAAAGGAACAACUUGCAGCACAUAAUUUAUGGGACCUAUACAAUGGCUGCAUUGCUGGACCCACCAGUGAUAUCUACAUCACCACCCAGGUACUGCUAGAUCCAGAGAUCAACCAGUUACUCCCCAUUUGUUCAUUAUUGUUCUACUGGUUUUUGACUUCUCUUACUCUGCCUGUCCUCCUGCAGUAGAAGGCGUCUCUAUUUUAUUACAUUUAAAGACUCUGUUGUUCACCAUUCCUUGAUGGUAAAGUACAUAAGUGGUGGAUGUAGUAGAACGACAGGUAUUGUUUUUGCCUAUUAACCUCAACAUGUAACCCCUAACCUCUGCUGAUACCAUGGCCACUGAGGAAGGAGCCGCCUCAACAACUCCCACAGAGGCUGCUGCUCCCGCCGCUGAAGACGGUGCUGCUGCCCCCGCUGCAGAUGCUCCCGCAGACGCUGCUCCAGCAGAAGCUGCCGUAGUUGAGGAGCCACCCAAAGCGCCCACACCCCCGCCUCCUCCAGCCCCCACCAGCGCUCCUCUGAACGUAUCUGUGGAAGAUGUGAACAACUCCAGCCUCACCAUCAAUUGGCAGACACCCGAGACCAUUGGAGACUCCGGCCUGGACGGAUACUCCAUUGAGUACUGCAAGGAUGGAACAACAGACUGGGUUGUAGCUAAUGAGGAGGUGAUACCAGCUCACCGUUACUGCAUCAAGGAUCUGACAGCCGGUGACCUGCUGCAUGUGCGCGUGAUAGCUGUAAACCCUGGUGGCCGCAGUGAACCUGGUACUCUUGUGGAGCCUGUGCCAAUCCGUGAGAUUGUUGACCGCCCCAAGAUCCGCAUGCCCCGCACUCUCAGAUCUCGCUAUAUCAAGAAGGUUGGAGAGCAGAUCAACCUGGUCAUCCCGUUUCUUGGAAAGCCCAAACCUAUCGUGUCCUGGUCUAAGGAUGGUCAGCCUUUGGAUCCAAAGAGGGUCAACAUCAGGAACAGCACCAAGGACAGCAUCUUGUUUAUCCGUGGAGCUCAAAGAGAGGACUCUGGUGUUUAUGAGAUGGUUGUUAAGGUGGACAGCUUUGAAGAUAGAACCACCCUCACCCUUCAGAUUGUUGAGCUGCCUGGUCCUCCUGCCAGUGUAAAGCUGGUGGACACUUGGGGCUUCAACGCUGCUCUGGAAUGGACUCCUCCCAAGGAUAAUGGCAACACUGAUAUCACAGGAUACACCAUCCAGAAGGCCGACAAGAAGACCGGGGAAUGGUUCACAGUGCUGGAGCACUAUCACAGGCUAACGGCCACUGUCUCAGACCUCAUCAUGGGAAACUCGUACUCCUUCAGGGUGUUUGCUGAGAACCAAGUGGGCAUCAGUGAAAUGAGCGCCAUCACCAAGGACGUGGCCACUAUCCAGAAGACAGGUAUUGUCUACAAGCCUCCUGAGUACCCGGAGCACGACUUCUCCGAGGCCCCCAAGUUCACCACACCCCUCAGCGACCGUGCUGCUACUGUUGGAUACACCACCAAGCUGCUGUGUUCUGUUCGUGGAUCCCCCAAGCCCAAGAUCGAGUGGCUGAAGAAUCAGAUGGUCAUUGGUGACGACCCCAAGUUUCGUCAGAUUGCACAACAGGGCAUCUGCUCCCUCGAGAUCCGUAAGCCCUGCAGCUUCGACGGUGGUGUGUACACCUGCAGAGCCAAGAAUGCUCAAGGAGAGGCCGUGGUUUCCUGCAAACUGGAGGUCAAACAGGUUAUUCUUCCAGAGGCUGACAAGGAGAAGGGAAAAUAAACCAACAACAUAAACAUCCAGAGUGUCGUUAAAGGACCAGCAGAAGUCCAGGUCUUAUGUUUUAAGAUUGUUUGAGGAGGUGAGAGGAAAAGUCAUGGCUGGUGGUGCAGCAGUGUGUACAUAAUGAAGAAAGGAACAAAGCACAACAUACCAACAUCUUCAAUUCUAUUUCCAACCUCACCCACCCGAACCACUCCUUCCAGUGUGCAGGGAGGACCCACCUGACCCAUCCCAGUUUGCAAAUGUUGUAUGUUAUUUUAGUUGGUGACAUGUAUGUAAAGCUAUAUUUACAAUGUUUUUUUUCUGCCUGUGUCCAUUUGCUAUUGUUAUAGUAUAUAACAAUAGCUCAAUAAAACAGUGAAUCCUUGGA